CGUGAAUGCAGCAUUAAUUAGGCCACUCCCACUUCCGGUAAAUACCCGUUAUCCCAAGGGGAAAAAAAAACAACCGGAGCACAAUCCGCUGCUCGGGGGUAACUUGGGCCGAUUGAUUCUCGGUUUAAUUUUUGGGUCCUCCUCGUCCACUCCCGAGCUGAGGUGGAUGGCGCUCGCGUAGCCAACAUGGUCCAGCCGAGGUAACAUUUUCCCCGGGCCCGAAGGACGCAGCCGGCCCGAUGGAGAGGCCGGUGAAGCUGCUGCUCUUGUCCGAGCUGCGCGUCCGCAACGUCGGCCACGAAGUGAGCCUGUGCCGCUCCCUGCUCACCUGGAAAAGGCGAACCUUCAGCCCGUUCAGAGCCAGUGUGUGUCACAGCGUGCCUGUGUCAGAGAUUGUGGCUGUGCGCGAGGAGGAGGAGGAGGAUACGAAAAAGGAAGAGGAGGAGAAGAGCGCAAGAGAGAACGGCAGCUGGAAGAAGAUCAGAGAGAGACGAGACAAAGAAAGCCGCCGGCUUUCUUUCACAGUUUCGUACGUGGAGAGGUGUCGGCAGCACCGCUGGCGGUGCGCCCAUGUCACCUUCACCUGUCCACAGGUGGCGCUGUGCCACCGUUGGGUGAACACCAUCGGAGAGCAGCUUGCGGCCAUCAGCGGCAGGCCCACUCGGCUGCUGGUGUACAUCAACCCGUACGGCGGCAAGCGGCAGGCCAAGCGCGUCUACAAGCAGAAGGUGGCGCCGCUCUUUGCCCUCGCUGGCGUCGGCACGCACGUCAUCGUGACGGAGUACGCCAACCACGCCCGGGACCACCUGAGGGAGGAGGCGGAGCUAGAGAAGUACGACGGCGUGGUGUGCGUGGGCGGCGACGGCAUGUUCAGCGAGUUGGUGCACGGCUUGGUGUGGCGAACGCAGAAGGACGGCGGCGUGGACGUCGACGGGCCCCAGCGGACGCUCAUCGCCUGCUCGCUACGCAUCGGGAUCAUCCCAGCAGGUUCCACAGAUUGUAUCUGCUUCGCCACAGUGGGCACAAACGAUCCCGUGACCUCCGCUCUGCACAUCAUCGUGGGCGACAGUCAGCCCAUGGACGUGAGCUCGGUGCACCGCGACGACACCUUCCUGCGCUACUCGGUGUCGCUGCUGGGCUACGGCUUCUACGGCGACGUGCUGACGGACAGCGAGAGGAAGCGCUGGAUGGGCCCCGCCCGGUACGACCUGGCCGGGCUCAAGAUGUUCCUCACGCACCGUCACUACGAGGGCACCGUGUCCUACCUGCCCGCCGGCGCCGGCGUGGGACAGCCCAGGGAUGCGUCCAGGUGUCGAUCUGGUUGUUCCGUUUGUCAGGACAACAAGACGCUGUUGUUGGGGAGAGCCGGCGUGGACCAGACGGACCCCAAGGAGGACGGCGAUGCAGAAAAGGCAGAAGCCGGCUGGCGGAGCAUCCGCGGCAAGUUCCUGGCCAUCAACGCGGCCAGCAUGAGCUGCGCGUGCCCCCGCAGCCCCAAAGGCCUGUCGCCCGCCGCCCACCUGGCCGACGGCACCGCCGACCUCAUCCUGGUGCGCAAGUGCUCCCGCGUCAACUUCCUCAGGCACCUCCUGCGCCACGCCAGCAAGGACGACCAGUUCGACCUGUCCUUCGUGGAGGUGCACCGCGUGAGGCGCUUCCGCUUCACGCCGCGACACUGCCACAGCGACUCGGACUCGGACCUGGAACUGGACCCGCUGGAGGGGAGGCGGCAGAUCUUCGGACAGAUCUGCCGAGACCACCCGGCCUGCGGUUGCGCGCCCGCCUUCAGCAGCUGGAACUGCGACGGCGAGAUCCUCCCGCACGCGGCCAUCGACGUCAGAGUGCAUUGCCAGCUGAUCCGACUGUUUGCCCGAGGCAUCGAAGAGGCGGCCAUGUUUGAUGAGCUGGCGCCCGCCUGCUCGGCGUAGGCCGCGGAGCCAUCGAGCCUCGGACCUGCGAAGGGCCCGCGCCGGUCGCGGCGUCCCUUCCUCUCCGUCGUCUUGCGUUCGGCGCGUCUGAAUGGCAAGACCAAUUCGGUCCGAUCUCGGUGUCGGGGUUUCGUCGGCUCUGAAUUUGGAGUCAAAUGCGCUCUGAGGGUUGCUUGGGGUUUGGCGUUCAGGUCCGGUCCGCCGCGUUCAGUCAAAGGUCAAAAAACACCUCAAGUCUAGUUUCAUUGUCGAGUUCUAUGUGUAGUCGGCUGUCAGUUCGGAGUGGAGUUCAGGUCCGUUCAGUCGCAAUGUCAAAGUCCAAACGGUCGGGAUCUGAGUCAGGAGUCAAGUUAGAUUUGUCCGCCGAGUCCCAUCCAGUCCGAAUGAUGGGUACGGUCUCGGUUUUGGAAUCGGGUUCUGUCUAGCCAUUUAGAAAAGUCAAACCUCAGCGUUGACUUUCGAGGCUAUUUGGGGGUCUGACUGUUGUAUCCAAAGGCCUGGACCGGAGUCUCCUCGGGACUCAUGCGGCCAACUCGGGUCUCAGUACUGACUCCCACGUUUCGGCGGGUCCGAACUUGGAAUUGAGUUUGGUCUGAGUGACGAGUCCAAAUCAAGUCUCGGGCUUGAGUCCAAGGUCCCGUUGGCUCGGAGCUAUGAAAGAAGCCGGACUCUGGUCUGGGUGUUGCUGAUGCUUAGUCGGGUUGGAAUUUGGAGUCGAUUGAAGGUUUUGUCUAAAGUCCUGCUAGAAUCUGAGCGACCACGUCCACAGCAAGUCCGGCGUCAAUGUUGUCUGUUUCGUCGGGUCUGAUUUGGGACCUGUGGGCUGGCUCUCUUCCAAAGAUCUUGUUUUUUUUUGGUUGUUUUUUGUUUUCCUUCUCGUCAAUGUUUGUUUUUAAUUUAUUUGUGUUAGCUCCACGAUUGUCGAGAGGACGCAGGAUAUGAUCUGCUCAAAGUAUUCUAACUUAUUCUGUCCGAUUUUUUUUUUCGUUCUCCGUAAUGUUACAUUUUCCCAAAAGUCACUUUUUUUGGGUUUUUUUUUUUCAAAAGACGUGACAUGAAAAAAACAACUCGAAUGUUCGCUUGAAGCGCGACUUUUGCGUCAAAGAUUUGAAGUUGAAAGAUUCUCAUAAAAUCAGGACCUUGUGAAUUGGAAAAAAAAAUCACCAAAAAUGAAAUGCGAAAAGUUGACUUUUCAUGCUUUUUUUUUUGGUGUGUGUGUUUUGUUUUUGUUUGUUUUUGUUUUGGAACGUGACCCGUGGAAUAUUUGAAUUUGUUAACGUCUGUUACGAAACAACCACAACGCUCCACAAGAAUAUGAAACUCCAGGAGCAGAUGCAAGUAUGCAAAGGAAAAAAAAAUGCAGUACAAUGCUAUUCUCAAAAGUUUUUUUUCCUCACGAAACAGAACUUUUGGAAUGAACAAAAAAUAGUUGUAGCAUUCUACAAGUUAAAUCAAGAUUGAGGGAAAGCCACCACAAAUGCAGUGGAGGAAGCUUCCCCGAUUUCUUUUUAUUUUAUUUUAUUUUUUGUAGCCACCGGCGACCUAACACUUUUAGUUGUUGUUUUGUAUUUGCUUGUAGAUUGGCAGCUUGUCUCCUCUGCUGUCCUGAGCUGGACUCAUGAUGACGAGUAACAUUAAUGGCAUCUGGUUUUGCCGGUUAGCUUUCCGAUUUUUGUGUCCCUGUAGCGCCACCUAGUAGCAUAGCGGCGAACGCGGCAACAACAACACCAACAAUAUAUGAAGACGCUCCAGAGGUUCCACCCGAGCAGCUUCAUCAACAGGUUUUGCUUGAACUGUUAGCACGGCAACCGUGUUAGCAUCGGCGUCCCUUUGCAUGCUAAUUAGCUGUCAUUAGCAUGCUAGCUAACUGUAUGCGAGUUUGGGACCUGCCAGCUGUAGCCUCACACGGAAGAAAUAAAAGCGAGAAAAGUU